GCAGCCCACGCUUCACUUCUUGACUUGAGUUUCAGUUUAUUUGCUUCAGCUAGCUCAAGCUUACAUGAUCGUGCGUAUUCAUUUUAAUUGUGUCAUUGGCAAUUCUGUCUCAGGCAGAUGAGGUUUAUACAUGCUCGAGCUCAGGUAGUCAGAUUUCAAGCUUUGUAACGUUACGUGAUCUGGUGAUAGCGCUAUCGUCUGAAUGGAUAAUUUUAUUUAUAUUUUGACCUGAAAUUCGAAAUGUUGGGAGAGAAGAUAGUGUGACGUUUGGCUAAGCCUAAGGGCAGUGCUCGAAGCUUCGAAGUUGGCCAUGGAGUUCAGACGAGGUCCGUAUCAUCCGUCCCACAGUAUCACCGAGUGGGGUCGAGAAAGAAACGGCUGCCCAGUGCCGACUGACGCUGGUUUGGGGCGUAUGCCACCGUCUCAACCGUACUAUGGUCCAGCUAGUCACCAGGUAACUGGCCAUGGUCCACCCCACGGGACUGGGAUUGGAUAUUCCCAGAUACAGCUCCAGCAGCAGCAACAGCGACGGGACAUACCGCCUUCUGGCCUUGUAAACAUCCAGCGUGUCAUGCAUGAUGAUAUACGCACGGGACCCCAGCACGCUCGUGCCGACAUGAGCCAGCUGCAUUCACGUGUAGAUAGUGUCCAUGGCACUUCCCCUGCCGCUGCGGUGGCUGGUUUUGGUCCUCGCCGACCUGCACACUACAGCAGCGGUAGUGACCUUGACGUAAGGCACCAUCACGCCCAUGGGCUCGGUGUACUGGGUGGACGCCCGCAGCACGUUGGUCAUCCAGCCCCAACCCCAGGCCAGGCAUUUGGCCGUCCAUUUCCGCAUGAUACCCGUGCCGCAUCGCCUCUGCCUUCCCAGAUGAAAGCCAGUCGAUCUCGUGAACAGCGCCGUCCUCGUCAUCAUGGCCCGGCUGCUGUGCCACCGCACCAUCAGACUCUCAGUGCGACUGUGCAUAAUGCGCCUAGACACGACGCCCAGGCACGGGAGAUGGAUGAUGGUGUGUUUCCAGGCCACCAGCGAGCAAGUGCAGGUGAAGACCGGGAGCAAGGAGCAGGUGGUGCGUCUGCUCCCGCACCGGCUACCCUUGAGCCGCAUGAGCAUGCCCGCGCAGCAAAUCACCACUCCGCAACGGGUGGAUUUGUGGCUAGGUCCAGUGGUGAAGGUCGUUUUGACAGCAGGGCACCGUCGUUCCCUCCUCGUGACUAUGAUGAUCCUGCCCAGUGUGAGCGAAACGCCAAUGUGGCCAGCACAGCAACUCGUUGCAGUGAGGGUGCUGGGGAUGACGAUGACGAUGAGGAUUUUGAAAACCUACUGACUCGCUACAGCUUGCUAAGGCAGACACUGGAUGCCUAUAAUCGCAAGGAGAAGGAAGAAGCAAGCGAGCAAAAUGUAGCCACGAAUCCACUUAGCACGGCUGCUGAUGUUCUGGAGACUAGUGAUCGUCUUCUUAAUGAGGAAAUUCCUUUUCCACAGCCACCUCCGCCUGUGGGUAUGUCAGCAACGGGAACAAAUAUGGCUAUAUGUCCUGCGUCGGCCGUAAGUAGUGUUAUAGUUGCAUCUCUUGACUCUGUUUCCAGUUCCCCCAACGGAGCUCCAUGUUCAAUGGACGGUGCACUUAGAUCCUCUGCCCUGUCUGUAAGCAACUCAUCUGCUAUCCCAUCUAGUCGGGACAGAUCUACUCGUAGUAGCUCAUCCAGAGAGCAGAGCUCAAAGACCUCAACGAAAGUGUCUAAAGCGGCAAGAACCUCCCGAAAGUCAAAGAAAGUAACUGCAGAACCGCAACUUGAUAAGGGUGAUUGUGGUGAGGUUGGUGACGGGAAAUUCAAGCCGUUUCGAAUAGCUGGUGGCAAGAAGCAGAACCCCAUUGUUAUAGAUGAUGAAGAUGGUGAUGGCAGAGUUGCACCUAAGAAUCAGCAGAAUCUGGAAAGUCAACCCGUCAGCGCUACGCAUUCCAGUGAGUGUGCAGAAGUAGCAACUGCAUUACAUUCCUCACCAGCUCCUAUGCUCUCAGCUUGCAACGUUCCGCCAACUCCCGGCUUGGCCUCUUUCUCGGGAGACCAGCCGACACCAAGCACGGUUUCAGGUGUCACCAUCGCAACUUGUAUGGUAACGUCUGUUCCCCAACAAGCUUCAUCAAUAUCUCUUCAGCAGGCAUCGUGUACUUCUGUGUCUCACGCUGGAAGUGGAAACAUCACUUCGCCAUGCAGUGGAUUCUACCAAAGUAAGGGAAAUGAUUCUGCACCUCCAAGGCAUGAGGAAGUGAUGGAAAUCUGUGAUGCCGUGGCGGAAGUUGGUGAUCCAGCUGCCGCUAUUUUCCCGUACGCAAAUGCGGUUGUAGGCAUUUCGAAGGAUUCGUCAGUGAAUGCUGUUCAGCAUGCUUUCCAGUCGAUUGUGGACUGGCAUGUGGACACUUCGGCUAUGGCCAACUUGGAGUCAGCAACAGCUUGUUCAGGAACUGCUGCCCCAUCCUCGUUGCAACCUGCCCCAGUUUCCGCUGUGCAGCAAGAACACGAGCACGAGGACAGCGAAGACGAAGAAAGGAAGCUAACUGCCAUGCGCGAGCGUCUGCUCAACUCUAUGAUGAAGAAAGGGACCAUUUCUCAGCCGUCGCCUCCAACAGCGACGGCUGGACUGUCUGCACCGGAGAAGGUUUCAGAUGAUGCACCAUCUCCAGCACCACCUGCCAGUAAUUCUCUCAAGUGGUUGAAGCCAGAUCCUAUUGUCAUUGUCCUGGGGAAGGACUCAUCUGACAGUGAUGAUGAUGAUGAUGAUGUCAUUGAUGAUAGCCAACCAUCGGCAGUGGACACACGCCUGUCAAGCAUCGCACGGGUGGGCUCGGGCACUCCACCGUUGACACAGGUGUCCACUUCCAAGCCAUUGUUUUCCCUGGGCCCUAUUGAGGCCAUGCUGAAAAGUGUGCGCUCAGAUGUGGAGGAUAAAGAGAAGAAGUCACAAGCUGCUGCCUUGGGCGAGUCGCAAGAUCUGGCCCGGUCUCGGCGCUUGCAGCUGUUGAAGGCUAAGCUAGCUCGUCUGGAAAAGGAGAAGCGGGAACGCAAAGUCUCUAAUCUCAAGAGGAAAGCAGUGGCGAGUCGCUUACGGAGAGAACAGCUUGACUCUGGGAGGCUGGCACCAAUGCAGCAUUCACCGGGCGUAGCCAGUAGCCGCGAGGAUAGCUCUGCACCCACUUCAUCCGAGUGUUCUCCAGCUCCUCAGGUGCAAGAUGAAGAAGUUGAUCGGACCAGCACCAGUCAGAGCAGUACAGCAGAAGAAGAAGGCAAACGUAGCCGAAAGGAACAGGAGCACUGUCUAACUAGAGAAGCUGCAAUCAGUCCAGCUCCUGCCGACGACCCAGCAAUUCAACAUUACCGGUCAAACAUCAAGUGCAACAAGAUGAUCUUGUCUCGGCUGCUUGUGACCCUUAUGAACAAGGAACAAGAAACGAGCCAGCAGGCAACACAUAUUCAGCAGCUGGAGGAAAUCUUGGAGGAAGCACGUGCUUCUCAUACGAAGCUGGCUGGCUCAGUUGCUCGACUGGAAGAGAAGGUUGAUGUUGUGCGAUCAUCAAUAAUCACUCAAGAGACUCUGGUCAAUCAGCUGGCAGGUGGGGAAGCAGUGAAGACCAGAGGGUCGGCAACGUCUCAGGAAAGCACUGAAGACUCACAACGGGGUGUGGCGACGCACCAGCCUUCAUCUGCAGGAUUGGGGUCAGUGACUUCUACACGUCCGCGAGACACCGGCGUCAGCGCUAAAUCCAAUGUGGCUUCCCAACAGUCCUAUGCAGAGCCUUCUAGUGGCGGCGAGCCAGCCUCAAGACCAUCCAACAAGUCUGCUUUUCUAAAGUCCAAUGCUACUGACACUGCAGGCUCUGGCUUGCGACAAAGUGUUCCAUCAGGUCAUUCUGGCUCUAGUCAGGUAGCUGCUGAGUCUGGGGCCAAGAGCACUUCUAUGGAUGGUAGAGAACUCCGGGCGAAAAAACAGCCAAGUGUGAAUGAUGAGAGAAGCAAGCCGCCAGCCAGCCAAUCACGAGCACUGCCGCCAGCUGAUUCCGAAAGCUUGCGUCGGUCAGACGCGCAGACUCCGACAGAGUCUGGGUCAUCAGCAGCAGUAGCAGUAGCUCCACUUGCACGUAGUACUAGCUCUUCCUCAACCGGCAGUGCAUUCCGACCUAUUAUCAAUACCAGGGCUCAAACAAGUGCUGCAAAGGACAAUUCUACAAAGUCACCAGCGUACGCCGACUCUGUGAAGAUCACGGAAACUAGCGCUCCUAUGACGGCGAGCUGCAAAGAACAAGACAAGCUGAAGCCGGGCUCCAGCAAAUCAACACUACAUACUGGUAGUUCUACUGCUCCUGAGCGAGUGUCAACCAGAAGUGCGUCUUCAUUAACGUCAUCGCGUCCAAGUGCAGCCAGAUCAGAUUCGACUUCUACAUCAGCGAAUGUACUCUCCAGUAGCACUCAUCAACAAACAGCAGGUGCGUCAGGUCAGUCUUCACACACUCAUAAAUCAUCUGGCUCAAGCAAAUCCUCAGCUUCUGUCGAGGCUGGUGUGAAGACAGCUACUGUUACCAUUGCUUGUGAAGCUGAUAGCCCUAGUACGUCUAUAGCUACUACUGCUGGCUCUAAGUCAACGGCAACAUCUGCUGGGGCGACCAGGAGUGGUAGUAGCAGGUCUGCCAACUCGACGAACCAUGCAGACGUUCCCCCCACGGCUGGAGAUGUUAGAACCAAGUCUGCUCUAGCUACUUCAGCAGCUGCCACAACCACCGCAAGGGUGACGAGAAGUGCUGCUGCUAAUUCUGCUGCCAAGCCAUCCUCCUCUUCGAGCGUGCCCAGUAAAGCUGAAAGUUCACCCCGCUCCAGGACUGCUACUGCUUCUAAUUCAUCCAGUACUGACAGUAAGUCUCCCGCCAGAAGUAAAGACUCUCCUCCAUCUGCUGCUAACACAAAUGUGUCUGAUCCACCACGCUCAGCUAGUUCUGCCACUGCGUUGAACGCCUCACAACAAAUGGGUCCGAGAGAAAAGCAAGUUGAGCUACAGCGAACACGGCGUAGUUCGUCCAGAUCGCCCGUCCCGCCAAGCACCGCGAGUGCAAGACAGGAAACACCAGCUUCAAACAGUACUCCUUGUACGCCCUCGUCGCCUUCGCAUCUAACCACAUCAGGAGAUAUGACUAGACAGAGAAACGCUGGCACCACCACCGCCAGUACCACCACUGCCGGUACCACCACCCGCAGCAGCAGUAGCAGCACGGUCCCUGCUGACAGCGGUAGGGAUCAUGAACGAGUUACUAGAGAAGCACGUUCGCCGCACACACCUCCGCUUCAGGUGACUCUCCGCUCUGAUACGGAUGGUCACCAUCGCUCCAGCUCCAGGUCUAGAUCUAUUCAAGUGCCUGAUGGUAAAGACACUUCGCAACACCGGUCUCGUAGCCCCAUCGGUAAGAUAACUGUCUCCACAAGGAAUAGCUCUUCAAGCGAGCAACGCUCUAUUAGCACCUCGCCGGCGGCACACACUGAAUCUGACGAUAGGUCUUUGUCCAUCAAGGUUUCCAGCAGGUCUGGCGUUGCAAGACAAGUCACCACUGACGGCAACCGGAGGAUGAGCCACAGCAGCCACCCCGAUUCCCAUGAGAAAGCCGCCGUGGAAUCCGAUGGCAGUCCUUCCAACUCCAGCUCUAGAAAGCGCACACGAGAAUCCGAGUCUAACCCAGAUGCUAAGCGACUACGAGCUAGCCCCGGUGGCUGUGAACACCAAGGUAGUAGCAAAGAUAAGUCGGCGUUCCAUGGUACCCGCAACGACAGCAGCAGCAGCACCCGUAGUGGUAGUCUUCCUGGUGGUUGUGCAAAUGCACCAGCUCCACCGAUGAGAAUGCACAGGAGGCGAGUUACGUAUAAGGAGAACCCAGAUGAAGUUGGCGGCACUCCUCCCAGCUCGCAACCAGCAACACCCAAUCAAUGCGAUCAAGUUGAACAGCAGCAGCAAUCAGACACGAUAGCUCAGCAGGCUAAGCAGGCAUUGUCUAAAACCGACCAGACCAGUCAGAGCAAUGAGCCACAGCGCCAGCCAGCUGCUCCGUCACGACCCAAAGCACCGCAGCAACAACGUCAGUCACAACAAGAGCCUGCAAAGAAAACCACACCUCUAAACGUGGCUGCAGAGUUACCAGCGGCGUCCAAGCUGAAGACGGGUGGCAACCAACGUCCAGCAGAUCGCCCAACCCAACUAGAGAAGGGGCAUACACGGUCUGAAACAAAGAUUACUGCUAUCAAGCAACAUACUGCAGUAGACAGGAGGGCAGCGAGUUCACCAGCUUCCAGUGCCUCCGCUGCAGGUAGUCCUAUGAAGACUGUGGAUCGCCUUCGAAACGAACAGCUGCAAAAGGAGGCGACUCUGUCCAGCAUCUGUGCACCACAUAGUCACUUAGCAACAUGGUCAAGUCGACUCCUGCCACAGAGCAAUCUCCCAGCAUCACCAGUGUCCCUAAGACACGACAUCACCACUCCAGUGCUCACGUCCAGUCAGUCUGAAGGACGCGAGCAGACGAAUAAUGAGGCUGGGGAAGUGCCCAUGUCCAGCACACCAUGUCCAGGCCCUGUGCUUAGCUUCCAGUCAUAUGCGUCGCCGCUGACAGCCUUCCGUUCUUACCAGUGGACGCCUGAUUUCCAUCGUCAGUUCCCCGCGACCACUGCUACUUUCCAGAACUCGAUUGCUCCACAGCAGAAGCUGUGUCCGUAUGAUCUUCACGGCACUUGCAACGAUAGCAAGUGUCCUUGGCAACACAUCUCAAAGGUGGUUGGGCCAGCAGCAGAUGUCCCCGGUCAUCAGAACGCACGACCAGACUGCGCAGACACAGCUGAGCUGCUGUUGGAACAUCCGAUCAGGCCACCCGUAUCAGCACGGCCUCCUUCUCCUGCAGCCGGCCAUGAUGAGGAGAAGCAGCAGCGGGAGCCUGUUGGUAAGGCGCUGAUUGGUGAAAGUAACUUACUGAAGGACACUACAAGCAAGCAACGUACUCCUGCACCCCAGUCCUCUGUCAAACAAGCAGCGGCGGCGGCUGUUGAUCCGCUCACGGAGCGUUACUUCAAGACUGCUGGCAGCAAUGUCAGUGAUAAGAUCAGUGCUCUGGAGAAGCAUCUCGAGUCCUCUCCAAAGGAUGUGGACUCAUGGCUUAAUCUGGAAACGAUGAAGCACGGCCUUGCGAGAUCUGUCUCAUCAAAGGAUGCCCUGGACACGUCCUUGCAUGUGCUGACCAAGGCACUGGAACACAAUCGUGAUCGAGAAGACGUGUGGGUACCGUAUCUGAAGUACUACGCAGAGUGGUGUGAGAGUGACAGUGACCUGCACAAAGUGCUGAAGCAAGCUGCCAGCAUCUGCCCCUCGUACACCGUGCUACAGCAGUGCAUGCUGCUAAGUCGUACCCAUGCAGUGAAGACCGAGGCAUGUCAAACUGCAUUGCAGACACUUGUGUCCAGCGCUGCUGCUGGUGUUGACAAGGCAACGUUGUCACAACAUGUUCUGGAGACUCUCCUUUAUCAGACUCAGGUGGAUGUACUUGUCGGCAAACAGCAGCUUGCAUGCCAUCGCCUGGAGGAGAAAAUCAAACUGCAGGUGCAAGAUUCCGUUCCGGUGCUGAAACGCGGCGUGGCUGGUGCGUUGCUGUCGCCGUCAGAUCUUUGCGUUGCCCUGCUUACCCUGCUGUACAUUCAGUACAUGAGAGAGAUGCCACCUGCUCUCUACAGUCCGGUUGACGCGCAGCCAAGCCUCAUCGUGUGCAAGGACCCCUUUGUUGUGCCCUGGGACCGGGUUAAGCCCAGCAAGGAGCAAGUGCUAGAGGUCAAGGCUCUCACUGAAUCUUAUCUGCAAUUUUGGGCCAGCUCUGAGGAUGUCAGUGGUGAUGACUGGCAGGCUAUCUUCAAUGUCCAUCGCAAUUUGGCUGCUCUUUACGUUCAAGUUGAAAUGUUCAAGGAGGCUUCCCACCUGGCCAGUGCCUUUCGCAAGUCGUCCAGGAACACGGACGUCUCCCCGGCAUGGCUGAUGCUCGGCGAGGUGUCUCACAUACGCGGUUAUCCAGCGGAGAAAAUUAACAAGGUCUACUCCGAGGUGCAGCUCAAGCAUCCGUCCAUUUCUAUUUCAUAUCAACUGGCAUGCUUAUUUACAGAUAAGACGCCUGGUUUCAUCUUCGGCGCAAUAGAAACUGGAGUUCGCAAGUGCUGCUUCAAGCCUGAGUACAAAUCCAAGAUAGCUUCCAUCCAUCGUCUGUACCUGCUGCACUAUGCCCUGGGAUUGUGGACACCUCAUGACCUGGGUUUGGAGCGUGAAUAUCUGAAACCAUUGUCGGAGCGCGACAGGGCCUAUCUCUGGCUCUCCGCGUGUCUUUGGCACAGCCAGAUUGAGGCGUUUGGCAAGUACGAUGACUACUUGUCAGAGUUUGAAGGGCACUAUGAGUUCAACGUCGACAGCACCUUUCAGUCUGCACUUGCCGACCUUCACUCAGCAGAGGCUGAGAAGAUUGUCUGGGAAGCAUAUCUUCGCCAUCGUCACAAACGUCUAUCGAAACCCGACGCCAGUGCCGAUGACUUUGAGGCGUUUAAGGUGCUUGUGCUGCGCUGUAUGUCAGCAGUGUCACCCCUCCGUACUGUGCCACACUCUUCGAUGAAAUCCGAAUGGCUUGAUUACGGCUUCCACAAUAUGGUGAUUGACUUGUAUUUGUCUACAAAGGCAACACACGAGCAGUUGGAUGUAUUCGAGCAACUGACGACAACUUUCCCACACAACGUUGGACUGACAAUGCGGGCUGUUAACCAUGCAUUGCAGCAGGAGCCUCUGUGUGUUGAUCAAGCUCGUCGCUACACGGCCUCACUGCUUGCACUGCACCCGACUUGUCUGGACAUCUGGAAAAUGGCUAUUCAAUUGGAGCUAUUCCUUAAGCAGACGAAGCAGGCGCGGUGGAUGUACCAACAAGCAACCAAGGCACUACCAUUGUGUGCAUCCAUCUGGACUGAGUAUUUGCUGUUUGAACUGGCGCAUAGCCCCCUGAACAAGUCCUGGAUAGCUGUGCAGAGCAAGGCAGCUGAGUUUGGCGUCAACAUCAAGAUCAAGGCAACUUGAGAGCGGCUGACAGGCCAGCAGUAUCUCAGUGUCUCUGUGCGGGAAACCGCUGUACCGUGCCGCACAGGGUCGCUUCGCAGCGUAAGCAACCUCGGGGUACUUCUUACACAGUCCCAUUGUCACAUGCCCAUAAUAGCUUGCACUAGAGACAGCAGGCUGGCAGCACAAGUCCACAAGCAUCAAGAUGGCUUUGAGCACUUCAUCAGCCUGCCUGCAUGGCUUGGUUGAAACCGUAGCUAGCACCGCCACCAGCACCACCACCGCCGGCGGCAAGGCAAGUAUUGGGUGUGCUUGAGAUGUAGUUCAGUAGUUCAAUAGUGGUGUAGUACACAUGCAUGCAGCCUGGCAGAUAGGCCAUUAUGCAUGCACUGGCUGUUUGCAUACAGUGUGUGUUAGUGCUGCCUGUGCGCUGUUCAGUCAGGGGUUUUAGUGGCGAUCGCGUCCUCUGUUUCAAUUCGCAUGUCCACACACACACACACACACACACACACACACACACACACACACACACACACACACACACACAUGCGCACAUGCGCACAACGCAGUCACAUGGAUACGUUCACGCGAGCACGUGGACCCACGGGCGCGGUCGUACAACACACGCAUGUGCACGCACGCGCCCACGUUCGUCUCGGAGCAGUACAUAUAUGUGCAAACCUGGUAUCUGUGUAAUGUCAGUGCGCUGAAGGUGUUAUUCAUGGACAGCGCAGACAUAGUAUGCACUAUAUUCACGUGUACACACGUAUAAACUUCAAAUUAGUUGACCGAGUUAUCUUACUACAUAAAGGCGGCGAGUCUUGCGGGUCUUUUAACAUAUUAAAUACAAAAAUAACCUCAAAGUAGCAUUCGUCGGUGUUGGAAAAUGUGCCUUUUAUUCUCCAAGCUGAGCCUCCCAGCUCAUCGCCAUACAGUUUUAUACGGUUUUACCAAUCAAGCUCCAUCUCCCCCGACCUUUUUUUUUUCUUUUUUUAAGUGCCACCUUUUGAACUCCAUGUAAUAUCGUGCCCUAUUUUAUUAUCAUCGCCCCUGGUCGCCAGUAGUAGUUGAUUGCGUAAAGCAGGAUGUCGGUACUUAUAGCCGUAGUUGGUAUUGUGUGUAAGUAGGUUGUUGGUACACAUAGCUGUGCCUGGUAUUGGUGAUUUUCCCUGCGAGAAUUGCCAGCACUGGCUCUGCUGUUGUGUGCCAAUAGGGAAGAAGUCUGGGAGCCUUGAAUUUGAAGGGAUGGCCAGUCACACUGUCUCGCCCCUAUUUCUUUCUUUUUUUUCUUUUUUUUUGCUGCGUUACCAACUAUUUUUAACCUCUUCCUUUGUGCGGUGUAUGAUAUUUGUUGUGUUGUCACUUUUAUAAGAUCCACUGAAAGAGAACAAGAACGUGUG